AUGAAUAGAGCAGUUGAGGCAGCAAAUAAGAACAUCAAGAAGAUCUUAAGGAAGAUAACAGAUAGUCACAGGCAGUGGCAUGAAAAGUUACCAUAUGCUUUGAUUGGUUACCGUACCACUGCUAGAACAUCCACAGGAGCAACUCCCUACAUGUUGGUCUAUGGUUCAGAAGUUGUGAUACCCGCAGAAGUAGAGAUACUUUCUCUAAGGAUUAUCCAAGAUGUUGGUUUGGAUGAUGCAAAAUGGAUAUGUAGUAGACACGAACAGUUGAUGAUUAUUGAUGAGGAAAUGAUGGAUGUUGUCUGUCACGGUCAGCUUUAUCAGAACAGGAUGUCCAAGGCAUUUACCAAGAGAGUAAGGCCUAGGAAAUUCAAACUAGGGCAGUUGGUUUUAAAGCGAAUAUUUCCUCAUCAGGACGAAGCUAAAGGGAAAUUCGCACCAAAUUGGCAAGGUCCAUACGUGGUUCAUCGAGUGAUUUCAGGAGGAGCAUUGAUUUUGGCAGAAAUGGAUGGUAAAGUGAGCACAAAGCCCAUCAACUCAGACUCGAUCAAGAAAUACUACAUCUGA